UCGUUUGUUAGGAAAAACCGAAAAAAACAUGAUAUAGAUAAUGAUUCAAUGCCGCUUAUCAGUGCUGCUCCUAUUGGUGAUGGGGAUGAUGACCUUUUUCAUUGGGAAGCUGCAAUUAUUGGUCCUCCUAACUCUCCGUAUUUGGGUGGUGUAUUUUUUCUUGAUAUUCAUUUCCCCAUAGGUUAUCCAUUGAAACCGCCAACGAUAAUCUUUAAAACAAAAGUUUAUUAUCCAAGUAUCAACAGUGAUGGAUGUAUAGGUCUAGACCGCCUAGGUCCUCUAUGGUCACCAGUAUUAACACUAAUUGUUAAUAAAAUUGUUAUAAUAAUUCUUUAA